CGCGCCCGGAGCGCGGGCGCUCUGACGGGCCGCAGGGCCCCGCUCCGCCCAUGGCCUCCGCGCUGGAGGACCCCGUCCUGAUCCGGCCUUUCCGAGGCCACUUGGCGGCGGUGACGGGCGUCGCCUUCAACGCGGACGCGGCGGGGCUGGCUACCUGCUCUUUGGAUAGGUUUCUUAUGGUGUGGAAGCUGCAGGCACGAUGCAGAGCUUACAGAUUUAUAGGCCAUAUGGAAGCGGUGACCAGUGUAGAGUUCUCACCAGAUGGGCAGCUACUGGCUUCAUCUUCUCAAGAUCAUACUGUCAGACUAUGGAUUCCUUGCAUUCAUGGAGAAUCAUCAGUAUUGAAAGGUCAUACAGCAUCUGUUCGUAGUGUGAGCUUCUCCCAUGAUGGCUGCUCUCUAGUUUCAGCAUCCAAUGAUAAAUCAAUAAAAAUAUGGAGUGUUUGCAGUCAGCGCCUGUUGUUUACCCUAUUCCAACACACUCAUUGGGUUCUCUGUGCCAAAUUUUCACCUGAUGGAAGAAUAAUAGCAUCUUGCAGUGAGGAUAAAUCUGUUAAGAUUUGGGAUACAAGAAAUAAAAAUUGCAUUAAUAGCUUCUCAGAUUAUGAAGGAUUUGUAAAUUUUGUGGAUUUCAACCCAAGUGGAACGUGUAUAGUUUCUGCAGGUUCCAAUCAUACAGUAAAACUGUGGGAUAUUCGAAUGAACAAGCUACUGCAGCAUUUCAAAGUUCACAGAGCAGGGGUUAAUUGUGUAUCAUUCCAUCCUUCUGGUAACUACCUCAUCACUGCUUCUACUGAUGGUACCCUUAAGAUUCUGGACCUCUUAGAAGAAAGACUUAUUUACACUCUCCAUGGACACAAGGGACCUGUACUUUCUGUGGCUUUUUCAAAAGGUGGUGAAAAAUUUGCCUCAGGUGGAGCAGAUGCUCAGGUAUUACUAUGGAAAACAAACUUUGAUUCUUUUGAUUAUAAAGAAGUUCUUAAACACAAUUUUAGAAGAACACAUAUUGAUGAGCCUCCUCAUCUACUUGAUAUUUACCCGAGAUCACCUCAUCUCCAUGAUGGAAAACUUCAGUCAGUUGAGGUUGACCCUACGUGUGAUGUAACUGAUACACAAACACCUGACCCACCUGUCAUAGAGAUUAGAACCUCUUCGUCUUUCAGGACUCUGGUCGAUGGCAAAACUGGAGAGCUGCAUCGGCCCCCUGCUUCAGUCUUGGCAAGAAGUUCGAAAAGGAAAUCAGAGAAUGAGAGCAGAUCAGCUGUGUGUAAGGAGGACAAGCAAACAGGCAUCUCCCCCUCCCUGGACAGUGCUUUGGAACACAUUGUGGGGCAGCUGGAUGUGUUAACUCUAACAGUUUCAGUCUUGGAACACCGACUGACUUCAGCUGAAGAUAAAUUGAAAGAAUGCUUAGAAGAUCAGCAAACAUUACUUCAGGGAAGACAGGACAAAUAAAAGCUGAAAAUUAACUAUAUUGGUGAAUAUGUUUCUGCACUGGAUUUUACUAUAAGCAAAAGCAUCAAAUCAAUGUAAUAAAAACUGAAGAAAUUAAAAAAAAAUUAAACAGUGGUGGCAAGCUGAUAUUCUGGUUAUAUAUUUAAUGAAUUGUAGCACAAUCAAAACGUAAUAUUUUCUAAAACAAUUUCCAUUGACUGUUACAGGACUCUUAUUUCAACCUAACAAGAUUUUUGAAUAUAACUAAACCACUAACUCCAUAUUUUUACAUGAAUAGCAGUUAUUAUGGAAGUCCACUUCCACUAUGCAGGUUUUUAAGGUUGAGCAAGGGUUGUGAAAAUAAUGUUCUUUGUGCUAAGGCAACAUUACUCCAACAUGUAAAUUAAAUAUGACCUAAUUCCAAAAAUACCAGAGGUUUUCUUUGUCCCUUACAUACUCUCAAGUAUUUUACCAGAAAGUAUUGAGUUAUUCUACAUCUUCUAAACAUUUUAAUAAUGAAUGCAAGAAGAGGUAGUAUGAAAACAGUCACAAAUAUGAAAAUUAAGUCACACUUUGAAGCAUCUGUGUGAAUUCAGCUGCAAGACUGAUGCAUUCGAGCCCUUUUGCUUAUCUCAUUCUCAUCAAAAUUAAUUUUUCAUAUUUAGAAAAAUCAGCUUCAUUCUUCUGAAGAAUAUAUUUGAGUCAAACACAAAAUCAUAAAAAAUCUAGGUCAUAAAUACAAAAGAUUCUUGCCCUACAAGAAAGUCCACAUAUGCUCAAGCUUUACAUGCUAUGAGUGUCCCAUGAGUGCAGACAUAAGUCAGGAAAGAUUUUGCAGUGUAUGUUGAUUUGGGGUUUACUUUUAAUAAAAAUGCAAUUUUUA